AUGAACCUUAAAGAAAAAGUUAAGCCUCCCCGCAGUUUACGCUCUACUCGUCUAUCGGUCGUAAAAAAUAAGAUAUCAACUCCCAUCAACUUUCAACAAUCGGCCAUUACCCCAAAGAUAGUUGCCAAAGCCUUGUUUGAUUAUAAAGCACAAACCCAACGCGAGAUCUCAUUCCACCAGGGAGAUUACUUUCAUGUUGAUAAAACAGACAAUCCUCAUUGGUUUGAAGCAUUCAAUCCAGUCACACACGCCAAAGGCAUCGUCCCGGUAAACUAUUUUCAAAUCCUCGAAAAGAACGACACUCCAAAUCACCUCGGCGAUCCAACCAGGACCGAGACGCAAUUACCACCUGUCAAAAAAAUGCAACCUCUUUAUGGUGUAGUCCUAUAUGACUUUCAGGCUGAGCGAUUUGACGAACUGGAUGCAAGAGCAGGAGAAUCUAUACUCGUAAUUGCACAAUCUAAUGUCGAAUGGUUUGUUGCCAAACCUAUUGGCAGAUUAGGUGGUCCUGGUCUGAUUCCAGUUUCGUUUGUUGAAAUCAGAGACGCCUUGACAGGACACACUAUUACCAGUAGUCAACCCUCAAACCCUCUCCCAAGAGUCGAAGAAUGGAAAAGAAUGACCAUGGGCCACGACAACCCUGAAAAACUGCACAACCCUAGCUCAUCAGCCCUUUAUUAUGCACCAAACACAAUAGAUACAUUCAGCAGGAUACCUACACACAACUCAGUUAAUACACUUUUGGGUAGCUCUAAUGCCGGUUCGGGUGCUGGUGGUAGUGCUAGUGCUAGUGCUAGUGCUGGUGCUAUUAUUACUACUGCUGAGCAGAUCGCCCAGGAGAUCGGCAAUCUGUCCAUUGGCCCUAGGGAUAAUUCAAGAGACAACACCAGAUCCAGGGUUGUAGCAGCCACAGUGGACUCCUAUGUUCCAGAAGGCGAUCAAUUCUGGUUUAUUGUGUUUGCUCAGAUGAGUGACAGACGACACAGAGUGCUCUAUCGCUUAUAUGAAGACUUUUAUGAUUUCCAGGUUACUUUACUUCAAGACUAUCCUAUAGAAGCAGGAAAAACCGGAAAACCCCGAAUUCUACCAUUUAUGCCUGGACCACAGACCGAAGUAGACGAAAGAUUGACAGCAAAACGCCAAACAGAACUCAACAUAUACUGUCAAGAACUUUUCCAAUUGCCACGCUACUUGGUAGAGAGCCCGUUGGUUCAGGAUGUAUUAUUUGUAUUGCAUGAGGGGGAUGUCGAGAUAGACUAUGAUCCACGGACAGGAGCACCGCGGCCCGAGAGUGUCGAGCUAUCACACAGCAUUUUGAUCCCAGAAGCAUUUGGUUCAAGUACGAUGAAUACUUUUACUCCUUUCGGCCGCAAUAGCAAUCCGAUCAAGGAUAUUUCUCAGACUAAUACAGCUACAGCUACAGCUACAGCUACAGCUUCUACAACCACAACUGCUGCAAAAAAUGCAAUUGGGAGCAGCAAUCUCAUUAAAGUCAAGAUUGCUUACAAGGAAGAGAUGUUUGCAAUCAAAGUUCCUAUCGAUUGCUCUUUCCAAAAGUUGCAUGAUAGAGUUCAAGAACGACUUGGAGGCUCAAAUGUACGACUCCGCUACAAAGAUCAAACCCAGGGGGAAUCUUUGCCCCUAGAAACAGAAAGCGAUAUAGCAGAAGCAUUUGAAUCAAGUCUAAAAAUUGGUAAACUAAUUCUUUAUGCUACACCACUAUAA